AUGGAUAGUCCCGGUAAAUGGGCUUGUGAUGCAAAUUUCACCAAAUUUGAAGACGUCAAAUCGCCGAAAUGGUCCACUAGAGGAUGGACUUUGCAGGAAUUGGUCCUAAGCAAGAUGGCGUUUUAUGUGAACAAUCUCUGGGAGCCUUUACCCAGAGUUGUAGAAGGUUUGGGACCGUAUUACUACCAUUGUUCUUAUCUUCAACAGCAUAUACCCGAACAAGAUACAAUCAAUGCGCCUAAAGAAGCGAAAUCUUUUCUUUCCAACUUGGAAAAUCUGAAAUCACUCAUGGAUACCAGUGAGAAGAUCUCUUAUUUUGAUUCAACAGAAGACCUAGAAAGAUCAAGAAGAAUCAUAGGUAUUCUUGGCUAUCUUGGAGUACAAUUCCCAGGAGAAAUGAACGACGAUAAUUCAGGCGCCUAUAUUCGGGAUAUAAUAUCUCGUGCAGGGUAUGAUAUUGAAUCACGAAUCAAUAUGGAGACAUCCACCGCUGAGAACCUCCGGAUACUGUUCACAACACUUGGUUUCAAUUUGAAUCGCAAUUCAAUCCGAGCUCAAGUAAGGACUUUGAUCAAACUUCUGAUUAGAAAGUUAGUCGAUGAUUGUUCCCCUGCUAUUGAAGCUGAUCGGAAUAAAGUCUCUGAAUUCACAAAGGUACCUCCACCUGAGUGCUGUCGUGGACUUAGCAGACCAACCCUUCCAGCUCACGAUACCUUGUCAUUAGCAUCAUAUCGAGAAUGUACAGUUCCUAUCGAUAGAGUUUACUCACUUAUGGGAGUUCUCGGUGUAAAGUUUUCAGCAUUCCAUGCAGAAGGUCCAACCAAAGCACUUUGUCGGCUACUUGACGAGGUUGUUAUUACUACUAAUGAUGUCUCAAUCUUCAAUUGGGCCAGGAAAGAUCUUGGAAGCCCGAUUAGAGGACGAUCUCUAUAUCCGUCAAGCCUGACUGCCUUUAGUCCGGAGAAAACGGAGAAUUAUUUCACUUCAAGGAAUGGUGAAUUAGCGGCGGCAUCCAAGGAAAAGAGAUAUAGAUUGCAAGAUACAGCAUCUAAGAUUACUUUACUAUUGCGUCAAACCAUUGAUUUUAUCAGAAGAACAGCCCAUCAGGAUAUUCCGACCGUCUUACUCCAAACUAUUCUCAAAUUUAUUGAGGAUAUUAGCUUGAAGGAACUUAGGCCACAAUUGGGCCACCUUGGAAAACUGGUUGUAUACCUCGAGAACACUUCAACUUUCGAGAAGUACAAACCAAAAGUUGGCUAUAGAACCGAGAAAGAAAAGGCUGAAAAAUCACUUGUUCAUGAAGAAGAGAAGCCAGCAACCCAAAAUGACGGAAACUUUGCUUCGAGGUUUGGGUUUAAAACACCUCAAAGACCUCAAAUGCCACAGAUACCACAGAUGCCGCAGAUGCCACAUAUUUCCGCACCAAAGCUCAGUAUGGGACUUGGGGGAUUUGGAAGAAAGGCGAAGGAACCAUUGAACCCUAUGAAGGAAAGUGUGAAUGCUCCACUCGCCCUUCACGUCGAGCCAGAAAUUUCAGCGGUCGAAUCUUCAACGGAAGAAUCAAAAAGUUUGAUCGAUGAAGUGAAUCAUUGGUUAUCCCAAGAUCAAGAUAUCAACAGCAUUCCAAAAGAAUUCCAACCACUUUUUGAUGAGAUUAAAGCUCCAAAAUUGAAUGGUCCUCCCAUGGGGAAACGUCAAAAGCCACAGAUAACUCGAGAACUUCUAGGUUCUAGUAUGAUAUGUCCAAAUCCAAUCAUGCUUACAACUUCUGGUAUUGAAGGCGUCUUUGAUAUCCAACGGGUCAUAAUCGAGAUGCAAAAUCCCGAACUCCUCCGAUAUCAAGUACAAAGCGCAGUGAACGAUAGUCAAAAGAUAAGCGGACAUUGCACAAUCAGUACUGCACUUUCUAUGAUAAAAGUCAAUUUCACUUGUGAAGCAGGGGCCUUGAAGAAACAAUUGGAUGUUUGUGAUGUGGUUCAGAGAGCACUGUCUGACCAAGAGGAUAAGAGAACAGUUGGUUUAAUGAAUCCUAGACCGGCUCUUACCACAGGACAAGAAAGUGAUAGCUAUUACAAGAAACUAACCUCGCUAUCCUCUGGCUUCAUGGGGAAAGUGCCUGAAAAUGUUGAUCCCACAGAACAAAUUCAGACUGCCCCUACUCCAGAUUCCGCGGCUCAAGUACAAGGCCCAGGCGAGAAUUCAGAGCAACUUCGUGUGGUUCGUAUGUUGGAUUUUGUCCAAGAAAAUGAUAUCAAUCUCAUUGUAGGUGAAUGGGUUCUCGCCAGGUUUACAGGCGUUGAAGGGGCGAAAUGGUUCCUAUGUCAAUUGGAACUGGGGUCGACUCACAGUUACUAUGGACGACGGAUCGCCACAGAUGAAAUUGACUUUGAGAAUGUGGUACCUGAACCUGGACUUGUUGACCAUUGGGAAAGCUAUAUGAGAAAUAAGAAAAACGAACUUUGUCGUAUUGUAAAUGUGUUGGUUCAAGGACGGGUAGCUCGACAGUACGCGGACUCAGUCACCAGCUCGGAUAUCAAACCCGAGAUUGAUGAUGAUUCAGAUCACGAGGGCUCCGAAAAUAAAGAAAAGCUCAAAGACUUUCUUUUCAGGAGAGGGACACUCAUUGGCGCCGAACUUGUACAAACGUUGACCGAUAUCUGGGGUGAAAGAUUGGAUUCAAUGUUGAAUGAUACCAUUCUUCAACAAGUUCCAAAAGGACUUAGAGCUGCGAUUAUGAAUUUGAACGAGAAUGAGGAUUUAUUACCAGCUAUGUUUCUGAGUGGUAUUCAGGUACAUAUGUUUUAA